CCCCCUUUUCAAUUAUCUGCUACUUUAUCUUGUACAUCAAUCAAUUUACUUCCUUUGAUAUCCCUUUUUUUCUUUAUUUUUUAUUCUCGAUCUAUAUUACUGUUCAGUUUGUAGCUUCAAGCUAAGAGAAAUAAUAUCCAAACAGCAAUAAUGUCUGAGAUGAAAGACAAAUUGAAAGGAUUCAUGAAGAAAGUCAACACCCAAUUCUCAUCAUCUUCUUCUUCAUCUGGUAAAUUCAAGGGCCAAGGUAGAGUCUUGGGUUCUUCUUCCUCUGGUCCCGUUAAUAAUCCCACCCUUACCCGUCCCACUCAAUCUCCAAAGCCUAUCCUUUCUUCUUCCUCUUCCAAUUCUAAGCCUGUAGUACCUUCAAAACCACCAAAUUCUGAUCAAGAUAAGCCCAGUUCUGCCCAUUAUCCUGAACCAACUGACAAACCGGGAACUGGGUUUGAUCCUUACGAUUCAUUUAUCACUUCUAGCAAGGUAUCCAAAAAUGGGUUCACUUUAAAUGUGUUUGAGUGUCCGAUUUGCGGCGCUUCUUACAAGUCCGAAGAGGAGGUGUCUAUACAUGUAGAAACUUGCAUUGAUACUAAUUCAUUGGAUAGGAAAGGGAGUGAUGGUGAUCCAGGAUCCAAUGAGAAUGUGUUGACAGAGUCUAGAAGUGAAUUAGAGGUUUGUGUUGGUUCAUUUCUUUCAAGUAAGCCACCAGAAGGGUCAAUUGAGGUGGUUCUCAAGUUGCUGAGGAAUAUAGUGAAGGAACCUGGGAACUACAAGUUUAGGAGGAUUAGGAUGGGUAAUCCGAAGAUAAGGGAAGCAGUUGGUGAGGUAGCAGGAGGAGUUGAACUAUUGGAAUUUGUUGGAUUUGGAUUGAAGGAGGAAGGAGGGGAAAUGUGGGCAGUCAUGGAAGUUCCUAAAGAGGAGCAGAUUAGUUUGAUCAAUAAGGCAGUAAUGCUGUUGGAACCAGGAAAUAUGGAACAAUUCAAAAAAAGUGAAAAUAUCCCCCAUGCAUCUCCUGUUGAGAAAGAGGAAAGCGUUGAGCCGAAGAAGAUAGACAGAAAGAUCCGGGUCUUUUUCUCUGUUCCCGAGAGUGUAGCUGCUAAAAUUGAGCUACCGGAUUCUUUCUAUAACCUAUCAAUUGAAGAGGUGAAGAGAGAAGCAGAGAUGAGAAAGAAAAAGAUUGCUGAAUCCCAGCUAUUAAUCCCUAAAUCUUACAAGGAAAAGCAGGCGAAAGCAACUAGGAGAAGGUAUAGAAGAACAAUCAUUCGCAUCCAGUUUCCUGAUGGAGUGGUGCUUCAAGGAGAAUUUGCUCCUUGGGAGCCAACUAGUGCCCUGUACGAGUUCGUGAGCUCAGCACUGAAGGAACCCUGCCUGGAGUUCGAGCUGUUUGAUCCUGUGGUGGUUAGAAGGCGGGUAAUCCCUUCGUUUCCAGCAGCAGGGGAGAAAGCCAGGACGCUAGAGGAAGAAGAUUUGGUUCCCUCAGCACUAGUGAAGUUCAAGCCUGUUGAAACAGAUUCCAUCGUUUUCACAGGGCUUUGUAAUGAGCUCCUAGAGAUCAGUGAACCCCUUGAGUCAUCUGCUCCGGCGUAAGCUUUGAUCAAAAUUUCCGUAUUUCUUGGGAAAAUAGAGUAUUACUGAAAUUUUAUAAGUUGCUCUUAAAGCUGU